GCUCUUCUCCGCCCCUUCAGGCUCCACGGCCAGUGGGGCGGGCCUCGGCGGCGGCGCGACUAGUCCAGAAGGAAGGGCUGAGGAAGGGGCGUGGCUAGCAGGCCGGGGCCCGGCCACCCUCUUCCGGGCUCCGCUAGCUGCGCGCGCAUUCUCCUCCCCCCGCUUCUUUUGUGGUCCGGCCCAUUGCGAGGGUGACAGGAAACCCUGUGCAGGGAGCGCCGCCAUCUUGGACCUGCCCGAGGAAGAUCCUGAGGGAGCCGCGGGAGCAGUCGCCGCUGCCACCGCUACUACCGCCAGCGCGUCUGCACCUCCUCGGCCAGCCCGCUACCUGCCGGGGCCUCGGCCGACCGCCCCCGCCCUUUUCCCGCUGCGCCCUCACUCCUCUUCCUCGUCCUGACGCCCCCCUCCCGCCCGGAAAGCUGCCCAGCCACCAGCAACCCCCCAGUGCCACCAUGGCAACUGCACCAUACAACUACUCUUACAUCUUUAAAUAUAUUAUUAUUGGGGACAUGGGAGUAGGAAAAUCUUGCUUACUUCAUCAAUUUACAGAAAAAAAAUUUAUGGCUGAUUGUCCUCACACAAUUGGUGUUGAAUUUGGUACAAGAAUAAUUGAAGUUAGUGGCCAAAAAAUCAAACUGCAGAUUUGGGAUACAGCGGGACAGGAGAGGUUUAGGGCUGUUACACGAAGCUACUACAGAGGAGCUGCAGGAGCGCUUAUGGUGUAUGAUAUCACUAGAAGAAGUACAUAUAAUCACUUAAGCAGCUGGUUGACAGAUGCAAGGAAUCUCACCAAUCCAAAUACUGUAAUAAUUCUCAUAGGAAAUAAAGCAGAUUUGGAGGCACAGAGAGAUGUUACAUAUGAAGAAGCCAAACAGUUUGCUGAAGAAAAUGGCUUAUUGUUCCUUGAAGCAAGUGCGAAAACGGGAGAGAAUGUAGAAGAUGCUUUCCUUGAGGCUGCCAAGAAAAUCUAUCAGAACAUUCAGGAUGGAAGCCUGGAUCUGAAUGCUGCUGAGUCUGGUGUACAACACAAACCUUCAGCCCCACAGGGAGGCCGGCUAACCAGCGAACCCCAACCCCAGAGAGAAGGCUGUGGCUGCUAGUGACCUCUUUGCCGUAGCUCCCAUUUGACCUUUCACCUCUGUCUGUUGGAAGCAGUACUUUUUACUGCUUCAUUGUCUUCUGUACAUCUUACUGGGUUUAAUUAAAAAAAAAAAAAAGAAAAAAACAACUCUGUUGUAAAAACAGUUUAACACAAUACUAAACUGCUAAACAACUAGAUGUAAUCAGGUUAUCAAAAGGCAAGUAGAGUAAUAAAUCUCUCCUGCAUGGUAAAUCUAGAGUUUUUUUUCCCCUUGAUUGUCCUCGUGAUAGGUAUGUCACCAGUACAUGAUUUAAACUGAGCACUGAUGCUGGACUUAAAUGAUUUUUAUCCUUCCCUCUUUUUGGCAAGGCUUUGUCUUACUGUAUGGUUUAAUUUGAGGAUAUCUUAAGCCUUUCUCCCCAUCUUUAACUGUUCAAGUAUGUCUGUUGUAACCAAUAAGUUUAUUGCUGUGAAAUGACUUCUGAUAGAGAAUGGGUUCUGUAACUGCUUUUGUUUUGUUUUCGUUGGAUAAAUUUCCUGUUGUGUGGGUGGCAUUUUUCUUGUGGAGGUUUGCUUCUGUCUUAGCCUUGCACAGGGAAAAUAUCCACUUAUCUUUUCUGUUGUGCUUAAUUAAUAGCUUUAUCUUUCUUUUUUUUACACCAUUUUAUCCUUUUCUCUUUAGCAGAAAGUAAAUAUGUAUAAAAUUUGAAGGAACCGAACUAACAAUACAUUCUGUGUAUAUUAUUUUAAUGAAGAAAAUAAAUUGAUUACUGGCAUUGGAACAGUAUAAAAUACCAGUUUGUACAGUAUGACCUAUAUGUGACCAUGUUACUCCCUUGCAUUUCACACAAGGAAAUAGACACAACUGCAGUUCACAAGUAAUACUGGCUCCAGCCUCUGGUGCUGGCAGUGUUUGGGGACAUUAUGCUGGAAAGAGCUCCUAGCGUGAGAGGACUGACACUAGCAGAUGCUGUUCCAUCUUUGCACUGUGGCUUCUUACCUGCUGAUUUUCUUAACUGUUCUUGUGCAAUCGACAAUGUGCUAACCUGCUUUUCUCUUUGUAAACAUUUUUGCAUUACAGGCUGCAUUUCUUGCCUUACUGUAUAGAAAAAGAAAAAA